AUGUUCAACUUUAUCUCACUUGCUAUCGUCGCUAUCGCGGCCGUCUCGUCGGUGUCUGCUCAGACUUACACCGGUGGCGAGGCCACAUACUACUUCCAGAACGGUGUCGCUGGAGCCUGUGGUCAAGUGAACCCCGACAGCGCGCUCAUUGUGGCCGUCCAGGCUCAGCGCUUCAAUACUGGUCUCUGCGGCCAUCAGGUUCAAGUCACCAACACGAACACCGGCGCGAGCGUCGUAGCUACCGUCGCUGACGAGUGCCCCGGAUGCCAGAACAACCCUAACUCGCUCGAUCUGUCCGUCGGCGCGUUCGAGCAGAUUGCUACCCUCGAUGAGGGCGUCGUGCCCAUCUCCUACACGUACCUUUAA